GGGACCCCAAGGUGCCGGUGCUGUACGAGGUGGAACGGACCCGUACAGGGAAGAGCUUCUCCGUGCGCUCCGUAAAGGCCAUCCAGCACGGAAAGCCGAUCUUCACCUGCCAGGCCUCCUUCCAGCUCUCCCAGGGGAGCCCAGUGCAGCACCAGUUCACCAUGCCGGCCGUGCCGCCCCCUGAGGAGCUGCUGACGCAGGAGGAACUCAUCCAGAAGUUCCUGCAGAAUCCUAACUUGGCUGAGAGGUACAGGAAGCAUCUCAACAAGAUCCAGGCUGAAGACGUGCCGAUAGAUAUUAAACCCGUGAACCCACCAGAUGUAUUCAGCUUGGAGCCACAGGAGCCAAAGCAGCUCUUCUGGGUGCGAGCACGAGGCUACAUAGGGGACACUGACAUGAAGGUGCACUGCUGUGUGGCUGCUUAUAUCUCCGACUAUGCCUUCCUGGGCACGGCCCUGCUCCCACACCGGCAGUACCACAUCAAGUUCAUGGUGUCCCUCGACCAUUCCAUGUGGUUCCACGCGCCCUUCCGAGCGGAUCACUGGAUGCUGUAUGAAUGCGAGAGCCCCUGGUCAGGUGGGUGCCGGGGCCUGGUGCAGGGACGGCUGUGGCGCAGGGAUGGGGUCCUGGCUGUCACCUGUGCGCAGGAAGGAGUCAUCAGGGUGGCAGAGACACCAAAGCAGAGCAAACUGUAGCUGAGAAGCCCCCAUGGGCUGAGGCUCAGACAU